AUGUCGGCAGACGACACGGUCAACUAUCUGCUAAGCCUCCAGGCUGUGCGUCAGAGGGCCCAUUCUGUCCUGAGCAUAGCCGAGAAGGGCUCGCUCAACAGCUUCGACUACCAUGCCGACCGUAUGCCGACCGUGGCCGACUACGUCAUUGGCAUCAUCGACCGAGACUUUGGCCCGGACAGAUAUGCCGAUAUCCCCCCCCACGGUAGAUGGCAGCACCACGAGGUCGGAGGCGUGCCCCGCGUGUCCAACCUGCUGGAUUCGUGGAGAUCUGCGGGCUGCGACGAUACGGAGCUGACCCGACGACUGAUCGACCUCUUCUUCGUCUCCGUCCUGCUGGAUGCCGGGGCCGGGGACACGUGGAAGUUCAAGGAACCCGGGACCGAUGGCGUGUAUAAUCGGAGUGAGGGCAUCAGCGUGGCGGCGCUCCACAUGUUCAAGUCGGGUGCAUUCAGUGCCGAUGGGGCCGAGUGCGUUGUUGAUGCCAAGGGGUUGAUCCAGCUUUCGGAAGAGACCUUUGCGGCUGGAUACCAGGUUACACCGGAGAACCCUCUCGUCGGCAUGUCGUCGCGAGUGAAGCUCAUGAACACUGUUGGCAAGUCACUCCUCAACCAGACGAGCAUUGUCGGUGCCAACGGACGUCCGGGAAACAUGGUUGACUACCUGGUCAAGUCGUCCACAGAGGAAGGGACUCUAGACUACGAGCUCCUGUGGCGCACGCUCCAGAGCAUACUCAUCCCGUCCUGGCCGGCGGGCCGCACCGCAGUCAACGGGAGCCCCCUCGGCGACGCCUGGCCUCUGAAAGCCCUGGGUGGCGACGGCGACGACGCGGGCGCUUCGAUCCAGCCGUUCCACAAGCUGACGCAGUGGCUCGGAUACUCGCUCACCGUUCCCUUCAUGCGCAUCCUGAAGCUCCGGAUCGCCAACAUCGAGCUCGGCACCGGACUCCCCGAGUACAGGAACGGCGGUCUGUUUGUCGAUCUGGGCGUGCUGUCGCUGAAGCCGGCCGUGCUCGAGGCCGGCCAGCUCGCGUCCAAGGAGACGCUGCCCAAGUUCGACGCGGGGGGGGAUACGAUUGUGGAGUGGAGAGCUCUCACGGUGGCGCUCCUAGAUGAGCUGUACGGGAUCGUAUCGGCGCAUUAUUCCAACAAGGGCUUCAGCGUGAGCAUGGCGCAGAUGCUCGAGGCCGGCACAUGGAAGGGCGGGCGUGAGCUGGCGGCUGAACAUAGGCCUGAGACGAGGUCUAGCCCGAUUCUCAUAGAUGGUGAUGGUACGCUAUUCUAA